AUGAUUUAUACCAUAGAGAUAUUGUUAAAUUUAUUUUUAUUAGUCAUAUUUACUGUUAAUGGAUUACAGUGUACAUUACCGUCCAACUUAUCAACUCAUCCAUACAAUACAAUCUUAACAAGAUAUUCAAGAGAAGUUAAGUCUGUUAUAUAUAUCGGAGUUAUCCUUACUGAUGAAGACCGCGACACUGAGAAAGCGUUUGAAAAUGGUGUUCAAGCAGCUAAUGAAGUCCUAGGUCAAAGUGGAACUCUAUCAUCUUACCAGUUAGAACCUAUUAUCCAAUUUGUACCUAAAGAUAAUGUUUUUGUAGCCACACAGCAAGCAUGCAAAAUUUUGGAUAGAGGCAUUAUUGCCUUAUAUGGACCAAGCUCAACAUCUUUAUCACAAGCUUUGUUGUCUUUGGCCAAUCGAUUUGGUUUACCAUAUGUUGAAACACACUGGAAUAUGAUACCAAGAAAAACUACUUAUGCCAUACAUUUACAUCCAAGUAUAGAAAGUUAUGGAAUAGGUUUAUACGAAUAUUUAACUCAGGUGGAAAAAUGGAAACGUAUGACACUCAUCUACAAUAAACCUGAAAGUUUGCUCAAAUUUGCCACUUUAGUAAAUAAUUUUGAAGGAAUAUUAAAAAUUAAAUCAUGGGAUGAAAAUGCAAGUGGUGCUAGAGCAAUGAUGGCAGAGCUAGGGUCAGGAUUGGAGAAAAAUUUUCUUGUGGACAUUCCCAGUUGGCAAGUAACCAAUUUCUUAGUUAUGGCAUAUGUGCACAAUAUGACCGGCUUUCAGUAUACUUUCAUAUUCACAGAUUGGGAUAUCGCAAUAUUAGAUUUAAGCGCAUUCAAAAUUGAUGUAGGUGCAAGAAUCAAAGCAGUUUCAAUCAUUCCUAAAGUUACUUCAUUGGACAUAAAUAAAACACCUCAACCAGAAAUGUUACCUUAUAAGAAAACUCUUGAAAAUAUUGCUAGUUCAAAAGAUUUUUCCAAUGGAAACCCUACUAUUCAAUUCAGUUUAAUUUACGAUAGCCUUAUACUUCUAGCACAUGGACUUAGUACGGUGACAAGAACAAGACCAUUGUUACCACAGAAAUUAAGCUGUGAACGUCCACCAGGUCUAUGGCCUCUUGGGUUAAGUCUGAUCAAUGCAGUUAAAUCGGUAGCGUCAGAAACUAUUCGGGGUUUAACAAGUCCCUUCCGUUUUGACAAACACGGUUUAAGAACAUUAUUCGAUCUAACUACUCUGGAACUAACCCAGGGUGGAUUUAAACCUACUGGAGUAUGGAACAUAGAUGAAAGAAUGAAAGUUGCAAAGCAACCUGCAAUAACGUUACCAAAACAGUUACCCAAAAUCAAAGGUGUAGUCUUGAAAGUCACAACAAUCCCUGAUGCCCCAUUCAUGAUUCCAAUCAAGUUUGAUGCAUACGAUAGACCAUUAGGUACACCUGAUGCAUGGAUGGGAUAUUGUAUUGAUCUGUUGAAUCAUAUCGCAUCAGAUGUUGGAUUUAAUUAUACAGUUCAUAUAACACCAGACCGACAAUAUGGAUCAGGUAUAGACGUUGGAAACGGAACCAUUUUCUAUAAUGGCAUAAUGGGAGAACUGAUCAGAGAGGAAGCUGAUAUGGCUGUAGCCGGAUUUACAAUAACAUAUGAACGUGAAAAACUUGUUGAUUUUAGUACACCGUGGAUGACUUUGGGUGGGAGUAUUUUAUUUACAAGACCAAAAAGUCAAAAACCAUCAUUGUUUUCAUUUCUUCAACCACUUUCACCACAAGUAUGGUUAUACGUGGGUUUCACGUAUUUAGCUGUGUGUUUGUGCUUAUUUGUUGCUGCCCGUCUUUCUCCACAUGAAUGGACAGCAACACAUCCUUGUGAAGAAGGUGGCGAUACAAGAAAAAAUCAAUUCACACUAUUAAACAGCUUCUAUUAUAAUGUAUCUGCUUUACUGAAUCAAGGAACUGAACUUGCACCACACGCUACCUCAACACGAUUGUUAACAGGGGUUUGGUGGUUUUUCGCCUUGAUUAUUAUUGCUACAUACACAGCUAAUUUAGCUGCAUUUUUGACAGUUGAAAAUAUGAAAUCACCCAUUGAAAGCGCCGAAGAUUUAGCUAAUCAAGAAAAAAUUAAAUACGGAACCUUGAAAAGUGGAUCAAGCCGUGAUUUUUUCAGAACCUCAUCUUUACCAACGUUUAAGAAAAUGGGUGAAUUCAUGGACAAAUAUCCAGAUGCUACUGUAUCAACCACUCAAGAGGGGAUUGAACGUGUUCUACAAGGUAAUUAUGCCUUCAUUUUAGAAUCAACCUGGAAUGAAUAUUAUGCUCAGAGAGAUUGUCGUCUAACGCAAGUUGGAACAUUGCUUGACUCUAAAGGUUAUGGGAUCGGAUUUCCACAGGGUUCACCAUGGAGGGAUCCCGUUUCGAAAUCAAUUUUAAAAUUACAGAAUGCUCAAAUUCUGGCAAAAUUAAAACGUAUUUGGUGGAAUGAAUUUAAUAUCACGGAACCAUGUUCUUUAUUACGUGAAUCAGGUAAAGCUCCAAGUCCAUUGGGUGUAGAACAAGUUGGUGGUGUAUUUAUUGUCUUACUGAUUGGAUUUUUUAUGGGAUUCGCCGUAUCGAUUAUUGAAUUUUUAGUUGCAACAAGAGAUCAGCAAAAGACAGCUGUUUGGCGUGGAAUGUGGAAGGAGUUGAAAUUCGCUACACGAUGUUUAACGACAUCACGUCGAUUAAGAUCAGACAUUCCUAAAUUAUCUAGAUCCCGUUCAAGUAAUCGACUUAUAUCAUCUGUACCAAAUAAUUUAAGUGCAAUAAAUAAUUCGCCAAAUUCAUUCGGUUUCAGUGAAAAUCAUAAUAACAAUAUAAAGCUAAAUAAUAAUACUAAUGUCAGUAAGAAUGUUCAUAUGAGUGGAAUCAAUUCAAAAAUUGAACAAGAUACAUCUAGAGACCAAUUGUUAAUCUCCGAAUCCAGACCUUUUACUUAUGAACAGCAGAAUCAGCAAAAUCAAGAAGGAACUUAUCGAACAGAUCAGAAAAGUGCAAGUCUACAAUGUCCUAGUUCAUUCGAUCAAAGUGA